AUGGGUAUCGAUAUUAGCCAUAGGUUCAAGCGAAAGGUUGUUCGCAGAGACCCAAAAAGUGAGGAUGUUUAUCUUCGUCUUAUGGUGAAGUUGUACAAAUUCCUGGCAAGACGUACGCACUCUAAAUUUAACAACAUCAUUAAGCGUCGUCUCUGCAUGAGCCGUACGAAUCGUGCUCCUCUUUCCCUGUCUCGCUUGGCAAGACAAAUGAAGAAGCCAGGAAGGGAAGGCAAGAUUGCUGUUGUCGUUGGUACCGUUACUGAUGACAUCAGAAUGCGUGAGGUUCCCAAACUAAUGGUUUGUGCUCUUCGCAUUACUGCUGGAGCUAGAAGCCGAAUUCUUAAGGCUGGUGGCAAAGUGAUGACCAUUGACCAGUUGGCUCAGAAGGCUCCCCUCGGAAAAGGCACAGUCCUACUCCAAGGACCAAGGAAAGCUCGUGAGGCUUGCAGACACUUUGGACUUGCUCCUGGUGUGCCAAACAGUCAUACUAAACCCUAUGUAGUAUCCAAGUCCCGUGAGCGUACCAAUGCCCACAGAGCAUAG